GUGCCGUGCCGUGCCCGGGUCUCGGCGCUGCCCACCGUGCCCCGCCGGCGCCGCCGGCCCCGGCUGGCGGUAUGAGCUCCGGCGAGGCGAAGGAGUAUCUGGCCCGGAGGGAGAUCCCGCAGCUUUUCGAGAGUCUGUUGAACGGAUUAAUGUGUUACAAACCCGAUGACCCAAUUGAAUAUUUGGAAAGCUGUUUGCAGAAAGUGAAAGAGCUUGGAGGGCCAGAAAAAGUGAAAUGGGACACAUUUGUCAGCCCAGAAAAGAAGACCUUGCCUCCACUCAAUGGAGGACAAACCAGGAGGUCUUUUUUCAGGAAUGUGAUGCCCGAUAAUUCUAACUUCCCAUACCGACGGUAUGACCGACUCCCUCCAAUCCAACAGUUUUCCAUAGAAAGUGACACUGACCUCUCUGAAACUGCUGAGCUAAUUGAGGAGUAUGAUGUAUUUGACCCUGCAAGACCUCGACCAAAAAUUAUCCUUGUUAUAGGUGGCCCAGGAAGUGGUAAAGGAACACAGAGUCUGAAAAUAGCAGAACGUUAUGGAUUUAACUACAUAUCAGUUGGUGAAUUGUUAAGGAAGAAGAUCCACAGCACAAGCAGCAACAGAAAAUGGAGUCUAAUUGCCAAAAUAAUUACUACUGGAGAACUGGCCCCUCAGGAAACAACUAUAACUGAGAUAAAACAGAGAUUAAUGCAGAUCCCUGAUGAAGAGGGUAUAGUGAUUGAUGGAUUUCCCAGAGAUGUUGCCCAAGCAAUCUCCUUUGAGGACCAAAUCUGUACCCCAGAUUUGGUGGUGUUUCUGGCAUGUUCCAAUCAAAGACUGAAAGAAAGGUUACUGAAGCGUGCUGAGCAGCAAGGGAGACCUGAUGAUAACCUGAAAGCCACUCAAAGACGACUAAUGAAUUUCAAGCAGAAUGUCAUUCCAUUGGUUAAAUACUUCCAGGAAAAAGGGCUAAUCAUCACAUUUGAUGCAGACAGAGAUGAAGAAGAAGUGUUCUUUGACAUAAGUUCAGCAGUUGACAAUAAACUAUUUGCAAACAAAGAGGCUACAGCAGGGUCAAAUGAACUUGAUUGCAGUCUGAUUAUGGACUCUGGAGAUACUGUUUAUACAGAAUUUGACUUUGAGGACCAGGAUGAAGAUCAGUCAAGUUUUUCUGGUUAUGAGAGCACAGGAGACUUCUCAGAAGAUCUGAGGAAAUCACACAUAAUUUUUGUUAUUGGUGGGCCUGGCUCUCGCAUAUGUAGCCAGUGUGAACAGCUAGCCAAGAAAUACGGAUUUACUCACCUGUCCACUGGUGACCUUCUCCAAAAUGAGUUGUCAUCAUUAUCAGAGAGAAGUAAAUUGAUCAAAGACAUCAUGGAAUGUGGCGAACCUGUGCCUGGUGAUAUUGUUCUAGAGCUACUAAAGGAAGCCAUGGUUUCCAAGUUAGGGGACACAAAAGGAUUCCUGAUUGAUGGGUAUCCCCAGGACCUGAAAGAAGCAGAAGAGUUUGAGAGCAAGAUUGGGGAACCAAAACUUGUAUUCUGCCUGGACUGCUCUGAAGAAACCAUGAUGGGAAAUGAGAGCAGUCGGCAUUCUGAUAGCACCGAAACAAUCAAGGAAGGAAUUGAAAGCUAUUACCAAGCAUCAAAACCUGUGAUUGCAUACUAUGAAAGGAAGACACGGUUAUGCAAGAUUGAUGCAGAAGGAACACAGGAGGAUGUUUUUCUGGAAGUCUGCAAGACAAUUGACUCUUUCCUGCAAAAGGAAGAGGCAGCAUGUUCUUUUUCAACAGAAACGCAGUAAUGGUGUGUACACAACCUCACCUCAUGUGCACUUGACAGUCACUGUUGAAAUGCUGUUCAAAGCAAUACUGCUUUCUUGAGAGGUAUCUGGAGUUUGUGCAUGUGGUAUGUUAUUCUAGGUGAAAUCCUUUUUCUCUGUUCCACCAAAGUGGUCUGUAUGCUAACUCUGCACUAAGAAUUGUAUAUUGUUUUGUUGGUUGUUUGCUCUUCAUGGGUUAAAAGCAGCAUGGUGAACAGCAGCUGAUUUCUAUUUCAUGAUCUCAUGUCUGAUGGAAAUUAAGACAGUGCCUGGCCAGCAGUGACAGCAGUGAGCUCUUCAACCACAUCAUUCAGCAUUUGGCAUGUUAAGAUUGCUGCAUAGUUUUC